GGGCGGGGCAGCCACGCCCACUACGUAAACGUGCGUGUGUUAGCAGCAGUAUGGACAUGACAAACUCUGACUCAUGUGCUACUCGCUUUUUCCAAGCACGUCACGGGGUUUGGGAUAACCUGAUUUUCUUGCCUCUUUGACCCAAACACCGCCGUGUCUCUUUCCCUGGACAUACACGAGCCGUUCGGUGUCGUUCCGCGGAGGCUCGAGGAGAAGGUCUGGAUCUGGGCCAAGCGGAGCAACGCGUCUCGAGACGUUCGGUUAUUCUGGGGGAGAUUUGGCGUGACUCCGUUUUGCACGUGCUGUCGCACGCCUCGCGGGCGCGGUCGUUCACCUGCGCCGGGCGACGUGCUGUCGUCGUCCUCCCUUGUCCAAUAAAAAAGGAGCAGGACGCACACUUCCGGCCAGGGCUCGGGCAGGCACGCACCGCGCGCGCAGUCUCUCCCGGACCUUUGGGUCGCUGCUUCUGUAGAGACGCUUCCAGCGCGAGGAGCUCCGGUUGCGACGGCGCGUGAGGAGAGGCUCCGCACGGGACGGAGCUGUCGGCCUCUCUGCGCUCGUGGCGCGUUGACGAAGGCGAGCCCGUGAGGAAAAUCCGCGCUUUCUCAAGAUGCGACAACAAAAGGGAUUCUUGCUUUUUGUUCUGGUGCUGGAACUUGCCGUGCUGUGUGAGAGCAGAUUGGUGACCGUGCCAGAUGGUCCAUUGGUGCGUGUUGAGGGCCAGUCUGUGUCCAUUCGCUGUAACGUUUCGGACUAUCAGGGGCCCAGAGACCAGGACUUUGAGUGGUCCCUGAUUACCGGUGAUGGAGGUCAAGACAUCCAGCUGGUCUCCACCUUCGACCCCAUGUACACGCACACCUCAGUGCUGGACCGGGUCGAAAGUGGCGACAUCAGUCUUAAGAAACUGGGCGAAGCUUCGGUGGAGCUGACCAUCAGAAAUGUCAGGGCCUCGGACAGCACCACCUACCGCUGUAGCACCCCCAGCACGGACUCUGUCAUCAGUGGAAACUACUAUGCGGAUGUGGAGCUCAGAGUGAUCGGAGACACGCUGAAAGUCAGUCCUGCCAUUCCUAGCGCCGCUGUCUUGGAGGGCCAGUCUGUGCAGCUUCACUGCAACGCCAGCCGGGCCUACACGGCACACACCUUCCUGUCCAUCACCUGGUCCGUUAGAAAGGGGACCGGCUCGCCGGAGGACAUCCUGACGUUCGGCCCGGACGAGGCGGUGCGGGUGGGCCCAGCCUUCACCGAGCGUUACGCGGAUGGUGGCCUCCUCUUGGACCUGCGUGGGGGGGGCGUUUACAGGAUGGAGCUGAAGGAGGCGCUGGCACUGGAUCAGGGCGCGUACAUGUGCACGGCUAGGGAAUGGACGAGGCAGCCUGGAGGCGGGAAAGGCUGGCAGAAGAUUCUGGAAAAGAGUGAAGACAUGGGAAGUGUUACAGUCACACCCAUAGCCCAGUCUCUGACGGUCACUGUGCAGAAGAACGUGACCCUCAGCGUGGAGGACACGCUGAACCUGACCUGCUCGGUGUCUGCUGGAAACCUCACCUUUCUGGGCCUGGAGGUGACGUGGCUCUUCGGUGCCGCUGACGCACCGGGCAUUCUGCGGGAGCUGCUCCGCGUGGGCCUUGAUGGGCAAGUCCUGGGGGGCUCAGAGCUUGCGGGCAUGCGCAGGGUCGGGCCGGGCACGUUCAGGCUCCUCCUACCCAGUGUGCAGCGCUCCGACUCGGGCCUGUACGCGUGCCAGGUCAAAGCGUGGCUACGCCAGGGCUUCAGGGGUUGGUACCAGGCUGCAGAGAAGACAUCCUUCCCUGUCCACGUGCUGGUAACACGACUAGAACCAGACUUCAAAGUCAACCUGACAGCUCCUGUGAGCCCCAGGUUCACUGGCGACCCAACCGAGCUUCUCUGCAACGUGACCGACAUCCGGAACGUGCCGGACGGCCGUCUGAGCGUGACGUGGACGUACGGCGAGCGCAGGCCGGAAGGCGUGGUCUCCGGCCCUAUGACCGUCGCCACGGUGGAUGAGCUUGGCGUGCUGCUUCCGGGAGACAGCUACCGACAGAGGCUGGAGACGGGCGCCGUCACGGCGGGGCGCAGCGGUCCUGCCACCUUCCGUCUGUUCGUCCUGCGCUCUCGGGAUCAGGACAUGGGCCGUUACUCCUGCAAGGUCGCGGCGUGGACCCGCAGCCUCCGGGGAGGCUGGGACAAGUCCCCGGAACGCCAGUCACUUCCCGUCACGGUAGAGUGGACAGCCCAGACUCCGCUUCUCAAUGUAGUCGCUCAUCGGGUGCGCGAGGCUGCUACCGGCGGGUCCACGUUCGAGAUGAGCUGCCGCGUGACGGGUCAGAACAUCCAGAACCCUGGCUACUCCGUGCUGAUCCGCUUCGUGGAGAGGCAGGGCUCAAACCCCCGCAAGGUGGUGUCCCUGAGCGCGGACUCUGUCCUGCAGCUGGAGGAGGGGAUGGCCGCCAGUCGCACAGACAGCGUGGCGCUGGAGAAGACCGGACAGCUGGAGUACCGCUUCCGUCUGUAUGGGGCCCAGGUCUCCGACAGGGGCUUCUACUACUGCGAUGUGACGGCCUGGACCAGGGACCAGAGCGAAGACUGGAGCAGGGCAGUCAGCGCAGAGUCCAACAAAAUAGAGAUCACCUUCACAGAUGCAGGUCCAGUAUUCAAUGUUUCUAUCCGCUCAGACAGGGACAGCGUCUCUCCUGGGGACACAGCCCAAAUUGAAUGCACCAUGGCCAUACUGGGAGCCACACCCAACACAGGUGACGUGGCGUACGACGUGCGCUGGUUCCAGACGCCGCUGCUGGCUAUGGACAACGGCGGUGCUGUGCCCCUGAUCAGCAUGGACCGCUGGGGCGUGGUGAGGAGGGGCAGUGCUAACGAGAGCGCCGAGUUCAGCCUAGAGCGCACAGACCGCCACGCCUUCGUGCUGAGGCUGCACCGUGCUCACGACCGCCACAUGGGCGAGUAUCACUGCACCGCCCGGCUCUGGUACAUCUCGGCCAGCGGACUGUGGCGUGAGGGCCGCGAGCUCACCUCCGCGCCCGUCUCCCUCGCCGUCAGCUUGGCAUUUUGGGAUUCGGUGCAGAUUCCCGUGCUGUGCGGUCUGGCCGCCGCGUUGGCUGCUGGCCUCCUUUCGGUCGUGGUGGGGCUGAUCUCUGCUCACUGGUGCCUCUCACGCAGCCCCAUGCACGCCCCUCGCAACAAGCUCAUAGACCUGGAGAUGGACUGAGCCACUAGAGGGCGCCAAACCCAGCUCACUUCCCUCCAGAUAACGUGACGUUGUUUUUGCCUUGUUCCCCUUCAAGCUAGCUUGGAUACUAAUUUCCUAACAACUGUUCACACGUGAGCCACGCGUGUGCCAUGUGCACGUGCACCACUUCCGAGAAGAAAGAGACUCCAGUAGACUGUGCGUGUGCGACCGGGGCCGUUGGGGUCAGGGAGGGAGACGACGACGACUUUCAACAACUCUCAGGAACAAACCGGAGCCCCGCCACCUCGGUGACGGCUGUUCCGUGUGCCGAGUGAUGUCCUGAAGGGCUCCGACAGGAAUGGUUCUGUGUCCCAGGUGAGGACGACCAAGGCACUGGGAUCAAUUUUGGCAGAAACGUCUGCUAACACACUCCGUUCUGACGCAACACUAACACCCCCAUCACCCCACCACCUGACACCCUGCCGGGCCAUCAGGGUCACGUUCCAGACGCCAUGCAACAGCUCCAGAGAUCUGACCUUCCAAAGUCCGCCGUGGAUCAGACGCGUCGCUGACCGUGACGGCUGGACGCACUGGCCCUCGUGGCUCCGGGACCCUCUUGACGGGGCUCCGUUUGGCUAGAGCAGGAGUUGUCAUGGAGACUGGGAACAUGACGUACUAGAGCGAGGCACUGGGGGAAAGACCUGCCGUGCUCCUUGUGUGUGUCCACUGACCUUUUAAAUGCCCUUAUUUUCAAUACAUAAUGUUCACUCCCUCCACUCUGCAUUCCCUACGCACGCGCGCACACACACACACACGCACAGUUGCGUGUCACUUUUACAGUGCAUUGUUCAUCCUUCAAAGUGCAUGUGAAGUGUGCCCUCAGACCGCACUCGCGCACACAGACUUGUAGUAGGUUUGUUUUUCGUGCCACGUUGUAUUUCGUGCUCCUCGUUUCACUGUGCGGUCGGACUCGUCUGAGCCGCGCGUGACCCCUGCAGCGUGUGCCUUCGCUUGUCUGGACACGGUUCCUCGGGAACACACUGCCCUGGUCUCCUAACAGGAAGCGGACCCAGGAAUCCUGUCAGAUGCACGCACUCUCUUCACUCCUGCAGGGUGGGGCAUUUUUAAACUCCAUUUUAGAGUUUUAUUACUGUUUUUAAUCGUGUUUUGGGGAAUGUUUUGUAAAUAUAAGUAGAUCAUCUGAGUAAAAUGUUGUGGAGUUUCUCUUUUGCAAAGAACGUGUGUGUGUGUGUGUGUGUGUGUGUGUGUGUGUGUGUGUGUGUGUGUGUGUGUGUGUGUGUGUGUGUGAGAGAGAUUUUUUUUGUUUUUUUUUAAAUGAUUGAGAAUUUCUCACAACUCCUUAAAUAAUUGAGACAGGAACGUCUCCAAACCCUGAAUUGGCUAGCAAAUGUUUUCUAACUGCGAGUUCCCCGAACCGUGCGUCUUCACUCACAUCGGAUUUGCGGACUUCACCAUCUUUCCUCUUUCCGCUUCUUUAUCAGUCUUUUCCUUUGUUUCUUUAAUGCAUCCCUUUUUUGUCGUCCCUCUGAAGCGUCUCUGUGCAGCAUGGAAAGAGUCACACUGGAAUUUCAAAAUGAUAUACGAGAUUUAAUAAACAGCUCUAAAAUGUCA